UCCAUCCCAAAUCCGGAAGUGACAGACCUGACCGCGUGCUCCGACACGCUUGUGCUUCAAAUCUGUGUGAUCGGAGGUGUUUCCCGAGCCCGGAGCUACACCAUGGGGAAGAAUAGACAGAAGAGCCGCCCUGCGAGUAAAGGUGGAAAUGCAGGAAACCAACCGAAGAACGUCUUCUCAGUAUCCAAGCAUAAAGCCAUGAAAGCAAAGAGGAAAGCAAAAUCCAUCGAUGUGAAAAAGUUAAAUUCUCAGGUACAAAAGGAAGUGAAAAGAGUUAACAGAACAGCAGCAAACUUACAAGAGGAACUAGUUAGGGUACACAAGGACACAAAGGCACAACAGGUGAAGAAAACACAGCUGAGGGCCAAACCGACCCCAGGAACACAGCAACCCCCACCUGACAUGGAUGCUGCUGCAUUACAAUUUGCAAUGCUAUGAGAAAAAACUCUUCUUAUUACUUUCUAAAUACUAGUAGUAUAUGAAGUGAAACUUAACAGGACAAAAUAUUAAGGAAAUAUCAAAAUCAUCAAUGCCACAAGGGCAGGGGUGUAAGUUAUACAAAAAAGAUAAUCCUACCUUCUACUGCCAGUGUCUUAUACUUGUAUAUCUUUUCCAAGUUAUCAUUAUUUUCAUGUCAUAUGACUAGACUGUGACACAUUGUAACAAUUUCAGUAUGAAAAACAUUUCUCAAAUCA